AUGGAGGUGAAGGUGCUGUCAUCGAUCAAGGAAUACCAACCAGGGCCCCAGAUCCCUCAGAGCCUUUGGAUGACCCUAGGGCUCCCAUCACGCGGCACUAUGCUUCAUGACCUGGUUCACGAAGGACUGCCAUUCGAAUACCUUGAUCGGAUAGCGAGCCUUCUGCAGACGCAGCGUGUGGUUAUCACCAAGGCGAUUUGCAUAUCACCCUCGACGUUAGCGCGUAGAGCGAAAGCAGGGCGGUUCAACGCCGUAGAAAGCGACCGCCUCGUCGCAUUGGUAGCCGUCUUUGAGGAAGCCCUUUCCCUGUUCGAAAACGACGUUGCAGCUGCAACGGAAUGGAUGAGCUCGCCGGUGCGAGGGCUCGGAUCGAACUGUCCACUCGACAUGCUGGGGACGAGAGUGGAGGCGAGAGCUGUCUUCGAUCUUAUCGGCCAGUUGGAGAGGGGAUUUCUUGUG